UAUACUUUCCCAGAUUUUUAAGCUGCUUUGGUUUCCUUGGUGUGGAAAGUUCAGAUAAAAGUUGAGGUAUUUUUGAGGAGAGAGACACAAAACAACGCAGAGGAAGGCAGGCAUGACUGUCAGGUGGACCCCCUGGAUUUGAUUUCCACAUAUUUUGGGCCUUCUGAACUGGAACUUGUGGCCACUCUGCUGGAAGGAUCUGCAGUGCUGGAGGACGCUGGGUUUGGAGUAGAAGGAUAAAGCAGAUGCUUCACCUGUCUCUGAGAAUCAACACAAUGGCCUUAUUCUUGGAGUUGCUGUUCCUGGCUGUUGUGUUGCUUCCAUUCUUUCCUGCAAAUGGACAGGGUCCAUCCUUUACUGCUUUGUUAACCACUCAAACGCAAGUCCAAAAGGAGAUUGUAAAUAAACACAAUGAACUAAGGAAAUCAGUCUCUCCACCUGCCAGCAACAUGCUAAAGAUGGAAUGGAACAAAGAAGCAGCAGCAAAUGCCCAAAAGUGGGCAAACAAGUGCACCUUAGAACAUAGCCCAGCAAAGGACCGAGAAACCCAUACAAAAUGUGGUGAGAAUCUCUUUAUGUCAAGUUACCCUGCUUCCUGGUCAGAUGCAAUCCAAAACUGGUAUGAGGAGCACCAUGAUUUUGUCUAUGGUGUAGGACCUAAGAGUUCUGAUGCAGUUAUUGGACAUUACACCCAGGUUGUUUGGUACUCUUCUUAUCAUGUUGGGUGUGGAAUUGCCUAUUGUCCCAAUCAAGAGAGUCUAAAAUACUACUAUGUUUGCCAAUAUUGUCCUGCUGGUAAUCUUGUUAACAAGAUGCAUACUCCUUACCUAAAAGGAAAAUCUUGUGCCAGCUGCAAAUAUCACUGUGACAAAGGACUCUGCACCAAUAGUUGUGAGUAUGAAGAUAAUUAUUCUAACUGUAAGGAUUUGAAGACUACUCUUACCUGUAACCAUUAUUUUGUCAGUGAUAAUUGCAAGGCUGCCUGCAAAUGUGAAAACAAAAUUUAUUAAAUGCCCAAUACAGACAAGGAGGGCUAAGUGUAGGAGGACCACGUCAUUUCUAUGCAUUAUCACAGAUGUUGUAAGCAUGUUAGCUACAAAUUUGAUUCCAAAGAAUGAGUAUUUUUCUCUUGGGUCUACUUUUUAUUUUACAGAAAUCUCUUUCAUACAAAGCAUUUAAAAAUAGCAUAAUCUGGAAUUAUCUGUUUCUCAUAUAAAAGUCAUGUGCAAUAAGGAAAUUCUGAGAAAGCAUUACAGACUAGAAGGGACUAAGAAAACAUGAGAACUAAAUGAAAUGUGGUCUCCUGGAUCAGAUCCUCAAACACAAAAAGCUCAUUAGUAGAAAAAAUAGUGAAGUCUGAAUAGAGCCUGAAUUGUUUUUGAUAGUAAAAUCCAUUUCUUAGUCUUGACAAAUGUACUAAGGUAAUGCAAGAUGAUGACAAUAGGGGAAAUUAAAGCUGGGUGAAGGUAUAUGGGAAUUCUCUGUACUAUAUUAGCAAAAUUUCCAUAAAUCUAAAAAUAUUCCAAAAUAAAAGAUGCAUUAAAAACAACAA